GUGUGUGGGGGGGGGGGGGGGGGGGGUUUGUUGAAGCGCAUCAACUUGAUGUAGAACAUCAGUCAUCUUGGAGCAAAUUGAAUUGAUCUUCAGCAGGAAGUCGGCGGCCGCGUGUCGCCAACAUGGAGGCCAGGGGAAAAUACGACUUCACGGCGUCAGUGUCGGGCCAGCUGAGCUUCAAGAAGGACGACGUAGUGAAGAUUUUAAGCACACGCGGUGACUGGUGGAUGGCCGAGAUGGACGCGCUUGAAGGCCUGGUUCCCAAAAACUACAUCGACCUCCGGCAGCCAAAGUGGUUCCAGGAGCGCCUCACUCGCAGCGCAGCCGAACAGCUGCUGAGCUCACAAGAUGUCGGAUAUUUCGUGAUACGAGGAUGCCAAAGUUCACUCGGAAACUUCUCCAUCUCCGUCAAACACGAGAGCGACGUGCAACACUUCAAAGUGAUCCGAGACCGGAAAGGCCAUUACUUUUUGUGGUUGGAGAUGUUCACCUCACUCAACAAAUUGGUGGACUUCUACAAGACCUCGUCCAUCUCCAAGACCAUCCAGAUCUACCUCCAAGAUUCCAGGACCCUCUCGGCCCAGAAGCUUCAUGAGGAGCCAACUCAGUACCUGGUCCAAACAGGAGGGAGUGGUGCCGAAACGACACGCCCAUCUCAGGUCCAGGCCAUGUAUGACUUCACCGCCGAGGAAGACGACGAGUUGGGUUUUAGCGCCGGUGACAUCAUCGAGGUUGUGGACAGCUCGGACACGUCGUGGUGGAGAGGACGGCUGAGGGACAAGAGCGGCUUGUUUCCCGCCAACUACACCAAACACCUGUGACGCUUGAGCACAGGCCACGCCCCCAUGCUGUGCAGCCACUCCUUUAACCAAGGUGCUCUUCACCACAUGUCAGCUCAUGUAGUUUUCACAUAGUUGUCACGCACCUUUCAUGUAGUUUUCACGUAGUUGUUGCAUAAUUUUCAUGUAGUUUUCACACAGUUGUUGCAUACGUUUCAUGUGGUUUUCACGCAGUUGUUGCAUACUUUUCAUGUAGUUUUCACGUAGUUGUUGCAUAAUUUUCAUGUAGUUUUCACAUAGUUGUUGCAUACGUUUUAUGUGGUUUUCACGUAGUUGUUGCAUACUUUUCACAUAGUUGUUGUAUACUUUUCAUGUAGUUUUCACGUAGUUGUUGCAUACUUUUCGUGUAGUUUUUAUGUAGGUGUUGCGCAUUUUUCAUGUAGUUUUCUUGUAAUUUUCACGCUCUUUUCAUGUAGUUUUCAGGUAGUUGUCACAUACUUUUAAGGUAGUUUUCCCGUAGUUGUCGUGCACUUUCCAUGUAGUUUUCACAUACUUUUCGUGUAAUUUUCUUGUAGUUUUUACAUACUUUUCAUGUGAUUUUCUUGUAGUUUUCAGAUACUUUUCAUGUAGUUUUCACGUACUUGUGCACUUUUCAUGUAGUUUUCACGUAGUUGUCACAUACUUUUCAUUUAGUUUUCACGUAGUUGUUGUGCACUUUUUUAUAUAAUUUUCACAUACUUUUCAUGUAGUUUUCUGGUACUUUUCAUGUAGUUUUAAAAUAGUGGUUGUGCACUUUUCAUGUAGUUUUCACAUAGUUGUCACAUACUUUCCAUGUAGUUUUCACAUAGUUGUUGCAUACUUUUCACGUAGUUUACACAUAGUUGUUGUGUACUUUUCAUGCAGUUUUCACAUAGUUGUUGCAUACCUUUCAUGUAGUUUACACAUAGUUGUUGUGUACUUUUCACGUAGUUUUCACAUACUUUUCAUGUAGUUUUCACGUAUUUGUCACACACUUUUCAUGUAGUUUUCACAUAGUUGUUGCUACUUUUCAUGUAGUUUUCACGUAUUUGUCACAAACUUUUCAUGUAGUUUUCACAUAGUUGUGUACUUUUCAUGUAGUUUUCACGUACAUGUGACAUACUUUUCAUGUAGUUUUCACUUAGUUGUCACAUACUUUUCAUGUAGUUUGUACGUAGUUGUCACAUAUUUCCAUGUAGUUUUCACAUACCUUUCACGUAAUUGUCAUAAACUUCAAUGUAGUUGUCAUGCACUGUAGUUGUCUUGACUUUUUCAUGUAGUUUUACAUACUUUGAAAAUACGUAUCAUGUUGUUUUUACAAACUUUUAAUGUAGGGUCAAAUACUUUUCAUGUAGUUGUCACGUACAAUAGUUGACCCAUCUUUUUUAUGCAGUUUUCACGUAGUUGCCAUCUACUGUAGUUGUUGCGUACUUUUGUCCUUUAGUUGACGUGUAGUUGUCAUGUAACUGUUCGAGCAGAAAAAUCCAAGUAACUAAAACUAAAAGUGUUUUUAAACUUUUCAGAAAAUGUACUUUUUGAAGUGUGAAAGUUACUGAGAGAUGUUUGUCAUUGCUAACCACAAUAAAAGUGAAAAUAAAAUUA